AUGUUGGUUGUGUACGCCAUCACGGAUAGUCCGCAGGUUCAGAACGACUGGCGCUCGCCGCAGAUUCUAGUAACCUUUACACUCGGUAUACUCUUCCUAGCUGUCUUUGUCUAUGUCGAGGGCUGGGUUGCCAAGAACCCACUGUUGCCGCCAAGCCUGUUUGCUGUUAAGUACAUCAUUGCUCUAUUCAUCGUAAUUAUCGAAACCAAUCUCUACACACCACCCCUUCUGGCCGCAUCCUGGUUCGCCCCGCUCGCCGGAGGUGGUCUGAUAACCGCGCUAGUCGGCAGCGCAGUCGUGCACAAGAUCCCGGUAGCGUUGCUGAUCAUCCUCUCGACGCUGGGCUUCCUGGCCUCUUCGCUCCUCUUCGUCUUCAUCCCGACCAGCGGCGCUAACCACUGGGCGUGGAUCUUCCCAGCAAUGGUGGGCGCCAUCAUCGGCAUCGACGUUCUGUGGAACGUCUCCAACAUCUCCAUCACCCCCAGCGUCCGGUCCGACCAGCAGGGGCUUGCAGGCGCAUGCAUCAACGUCCUCAUACUCCUCGGCACGAGCUUCUUCCUCGGCUGGGCCGAGCUGACCGUCGCGGACCCCGCCGAUCCGAAGUCCGAGGACAGCGCGGUCAGGAUCUCGGUCCUGCUGGGCGUCGGUGCCGCCGGGGCUAGUUUGCUGCUCGCUGCCGUUGGUAUCAGGAUCGAGCCGGCUAGAGGUGACUUGACGGCAGAUGAAAAGGAUAAGCUAGCAGGGGCAGAAAGAUGGAAGUGGCGCAAGUGCUUCCAAGUCGGGGGUCGGAGCGCACAUUUCUACUUCUAA